AUGGAGGUCACAGCUGUCUGCCUCACACUGGAUCCAGCUCGUCUUCAUGUUGAUCCAGACAGCCUGCAGCAUUUUGAAUACAAGUCCAUGUCUUUCAGCUGCGAGGGGCUUGAUGGCUCUUCUGGAUGGAAAGUGGAGAGGAAUAUCAACAGGAGAAUGACAACGUGUUCAUCUAACUUUGAAACGCCAAAAGAGUCCUCCUGCAUUUUUAACACUGCUUAUGCCUCCGACAGUGGAGAAUACUGGUGUGAGAAUGAAAAGGGACAGAGAAGUGACCCCAUCAACAUCGCUGUCACUGGUGGCUCUGUGAUCCUGGAGAGUCCUGCCGUUCCCGUGAUGGAGGGAAAAGAUGUCACUCUGCGCUGUAAAGCCAAGACGACUCCCUCCAACCUCAAAGCUGAUUUCUAUAAAGAUGGCUUCCUCAUCAGGACAGGAUCCACGCAAGAGAUGACCAUCCACAGGCUCUCCAAGUGUGAUGAAGGAUUCUACAAAUGCAGUAUUUUUGAUUCUGGAGAAUCAACUGAGAGCUGGCUCAAAAUCCGAGCGUCAUCAUUUUCAACACUUCAGAAUGAAGAGACUCCUGACUCUCCUCAUCCUCUCCUCGUGGUGAAGGCUGUUUUCACCAGUUUAUUGAUGGUUGUGCUGGUGGUGAUUGGACUGAUUCACAGUGGAAAAUGCAAAGGUACAGCCACACAACACAGCACACCACACUAA